CUGCAGCCCCACAUGGAGCACCACUGCCCCAGCGCGCGCCCCCCGCGGCCCCUGAGGGAGGAGAGCGGGAGCGACAGCAGCGAGGAGGGGGACGAGGAGAGCGACGUGGAGAACCUGGCUGGGGAGAUCGUCUACCAGCCCGACGGCUCGGCCUACAUCGUGGAGAGCCUGAGCCAGCUGACCCAGAGCGGGGGCGCCUGCGGCAGCGGCAGCGGGCCUCUCCCCUCGCUCUUUCUGAACUCCCUCCCCGGGGCGGGGGGCAAGCAGGGGGACCCUUCCUGUGCGGCACCCGUCUACCCGCAGAUCAUCAACACUUUCCACAUAGCCUCAUCCUUCGGGAAGUGGUUCGAGGGCCCAGACCCGGCUUUCCCGAAUACCUCAGCCCUGGCGGGGCUCAGCCCCGUCCUGCACAGCUUCCGCGUGUUUGACGUGCGACACAAAAGCAACAAGGAUUACCUGAACAGCGACGGCUCUGCCAAAAGCUCCUGCGUAUCCAAAGAUGUUCCCAACAAUGUGGACCUGUCCAAGUUCGAUGGCUUCGUGCUCUACGGCAAGCGGAAGCCCAUCCUGAUGUGUUUCCUGUGCAAGCUCUCCUUCGGCUACGUCCGCUCCUUCGUGACCCACGCGGUGCACGACCAUCGAAUGACCCUGAGUGAAGACGAGCGGAAGAUUCUUAGCAAUAAGAACAUCUCCGCUAUCAUCCAAGGGAUCGGCAAAGACAAGGAACCCCUUGUAAGUUUCCUGGAACCAAAAAACAAAAACUUUCAGCACCCUUUAGUUUCCACAGCUAACCUCAUAGGUCCCGGACACAGUUUUUAUGGUAAAUUUAGUGGCAUUCGGAUGGAAGGGGAGGAGGCGCUCCCAGCCGGCUCUGCCGCCGGCCCCGAGCAGCCCCCGGCUGGCAUCUUGACCCCCAGCACCCUCUUGAACCUUGGCGGGCUCACCAGCUCGGUCCUGAAGACCCCCAUUACCUCAGUCCCCCUGGGGCCUCUGGCCUCCAGUCCGACCAAAUCCCCGGAGGGCAAGGACCCCGGGGCGGCAGAAGGAGAGAAGCAGGAAGGGGGCGACCCGGACUGCUUCUCCGAGAAGGCAGGGCCAGCCGAGGAGGAGGUGGAGGAGGAAGAGGAGGAGGAAGAGGCGGAAGAGGAGGAGGACGAGGAAGAGGAGGAAGAGGAGGAGGAGGAAGACGAGGGUUGCAAAGAACUCUUUCCCAGUGAGUUGGACGAGGAACUGGAGGACAGGCCCCAUGACGAGUCCGGGGCCGCGGCAGGUAGCAGCAAAAAGGACCUGGCUCUCUCAAACCAAAGCAUUUCUAACUCCCCCUUAAUGCCUAACGUGCUCCAGACACUGUCGAGGGGCGCAGCUUCUACUAGUUCUAAUUCCGCUUCUUCCUUUGUUGUCUUCGAUGGUGCGAACAGGAGGAAUCGUUUAAGCUUUAACAGUGAGGGCGUCAGGGCCAAUGUGGCAGAGGGCGGCAGGAGGCUGGACUUCGCCGACGAAAGUGCCAAUAAAGACAAUGCCACAGCACCAGAACCAAAUGAAAGCCCCGAGGGGGACGACGGGGGCUUCGUCCCCCAUCACCAGCACGCGGGCUCCCUCUGUGAGCUUGGGGUGGGGGAGUGCCCCUCGGGGAGCGGCGUGGAGUGCCCCAAGUGUGACACGGUCCUGGGCUCCUCCCGCUCGCUGGGCGGCCACAUGACCAUGAUGCAUUCUCGUAACUCGUGCAAGACCCUCAAGUGCCCCAAGUGCAACUGGCACUACAAGUACCAGCAGACGCUGGAGGCGCACAUGAAGGAGAAGCACCCGGAGCCGGGGGGCUCCUGCGUCUACUGCAAAAGCGGGCAGCCCCACCCCCGGUUGGCCCGAGGCGAGAGCUACACGUGUGGUUACAAGCCUUUCCGCUGCGAGGUGUGUAACUACUCCACCACGACCAAAGGCAACCUCAGCAUUCACAUGCAGUCCGACAAGCAUCUCAACAACAUGCAGAACCUGCAGAACGGCGGGGGCGAGCAGGUCUUCAGUGUGUGA